GGCUGAAGUUUUCCUUUUUAGGCUCUUUCUCUUCCACGCGGAAAUUUAAUAAAAAAAGAUCCAAACUUGAAGAUAGCGAAGAGGAAAAAAGAUAAUCUCUGGCUCGAUUUUUGUUGGAUUCCUCGAUUCGAGCAAGUUCUAAGACUCGUGGGUUUUCUUCUGGAUAACGUAAUUGAUACUCGUGUUUUCUCUCUACAAAUCAGAAAGGGUCGUCACUGUUAUUGUCAUAGCUUGAGAAAGGAUCUAUUUUUAAAAUCAGUGGGAAUAGAAAACAUCAGUGAUAAGCUUUGGAUUAGUUGUUUGGGGUAAAGUGUCCUCUUGCUUGAUGUGAAGAUUGCUUCUUGUUUUUGCUGGUUCUAAAUGGAGUGGAGGGGAAUCCUCUGCUCGCUGCUUUUUAUUAUUUCUGCGGGAGAGUCGUCAAGUAGAUUCGGGUUAAUGUGGCAUCCUAACCUUGGUGUUGAUUCUGGACAAUACUUGACUUGGCCAAUCUUAAGUGCCAGUGUAUUCGUGGUUAUUGCCAUCCUCCUCCCCAUGUAUCUUAUCUUCGAGCACUUAGCUUCUUAUAAUCAACCAGAGGAACAGAAGUUCCUUAUUGGACUUAUUCUGAUGGUUCCUGUUUAUGCUGUGGAAUCGUUUUUGUCUUUGGUGAAUUCGGAAGCAGCUUUCAACUGUGAGGUGAUUCGAGACUGUUAUGAAGCUUUUGCACUCUAUUGUUUCGAGAGAUAUUUGAUAGCUUGCCUAGAUGGAGAAGAACGUACAAUUGAAUACAUGGAACAGCAGACAGUUAUCACCCAGAGCACUCCUCUUCUAGAAGGCACAUGUUCUUAUGGAGUUGUAGAGCAUCCCUUUCCAAUGAACUGCUUCCUAAAAGAUUGGAGUCUUGGUCCUGAGUUUUAUCACGCUGUGAAAAUUGGCAUCGUUCAAUAUAUGAUACUGAAAAUGAUUUGUGCUCUAUUAGCAAUGAUCCUCGAAGCCUUUGGGGUUUAUGGAGAAGGGAAGUUCGCAUGGAAUUAUGGAUAUCCAUAUCUGGCUGUAGUGCUCAAUUUCAGUCAAACAUGGGCAUUGUAUUGCCUUGUACAGUUCUAUAAUGUCAUCAAAGAUAAGCUAGCACCCAUUAAACCACUGGCCAAGUUUCUAACAUUUAAGUCUAUUGUGUUCCUCACCUGGUGGCAAGGUAUUAUCGUUGCAUUCCUCUUCUCUAUGGGACUCUUCAAAGGGUCUUUGGCUAAGGAACUGAAAACGCGAAUACAAGACUACAUCAUCUGUAUCGAAAUGGGCAUUGCUGCUGUGGUCCAUCUUUAUGUGUUUCCAGCAGCGCCUUACAAGCGUGGAGAAAGAUGUGUUCGUAAUGUAGCAGUCAUGUCAGAUUAUGCCUCUUUAGAUGUACCACCUGAUCCAGAAGAGGUUAAAGAUAGUGAACGAACAACUAGAACGCGGUAUGGUAGACAUGACGAGAGAGAAAAACGCUUGAAUUUCCCACAAAGUGUCCGUGAUGUUGUGCUUGGGAGUGGUGAAAUUAUUGUGGAUGACAUGAGAUUCACAGUUUCGCAUGUGGUGGAACCGGUUGAAAGAGGAAUAGCGAAAAUAAACAGAACAUUCCAUCAGAUAUCUGAAAAUGUGAAAAGAUUUGAGCAGCAGAAGAAAACAACAAAGGAUGAUUCAUAUGUGAUUCCGCUGAAUCCAUGGACGAAAGAAUUCUCAGAGAUUCAUGAAAACCUCUAUGAUGGAGGGAGUGUGAGCGACAGCGGUUUGGGAAGCUCAAAGCGGCAUCACCAGUCUAGGGUCUCGGGAUUGUGGACUAGAAUGCGAAGGUAAAAAACAAAUGGUGGUGCAAAUCGGAAGAUGCCUUGGUUUUUUUGAAGUCUCAUCUUCGUCACAUCUAACAAAGAAGUUGUAGAUUUUAUGGGAUGAUGCUACUCUGCAGGAUUAAACACAGGUAACAAGAGAUGCUACUAACUAGUAUUCCUCUACCCUUUAUACAAAACUUUAUUGAGAAGUUAGGUUUGUAUCUCGUAAUGACAACAUGUAUGUUCUUACACAAAAGUAAAAUAAAAAUUUGUCAUGAACCGUCUUCUCUCA